UUCUUGCCUCCUGCUACCUGUAGAUCGGUAUAUUAACUUGAGGUAAAACAUUCGCAGAGUUUUUCAUAUACAGGACUUGUUGUAAAUAGGAUUAUUUAACACGAUCGGAAUCAUUUAAAUUGAACUCUGUUCAUUUGAGUAAUAUAUCUUGGAUUACACUUUUUACUCUUGAAGAAUGUCUCGACAAGUUGAUUUAAGAAGAUUUGAUACAAGUCAACCAUGGGGAUUUAAAAUGCAGGGUGGCUCAGAUGUGGGCAUGCCUCUGUUUGUCGCUCAUGUUUCCCCGAACAGUAUUGCUGGACAAUCUGGGUUGAAGGCCGGGGACGCUAUAUUACAGAUAGGUGGUACUGAUACAAUGGGGUUUACACAUGAGCAGGCACGGGGAGAAAUGCUCCGAUGUGGUAAUGAUGUGAACCUAACUGUACAAAGUGGUCUUAUAAACCCGCCAGCAGGUUCUGUGGUAGAGGAAGAUCGUCCCCGUAUGUCGGUUAGUGAUAGUGAUAGUCCAUAUCAAGACGUUACAUCAAAAACAUUUCAAAUGUUAGAGAACGAACUACCAAAUGCUGAACAAUCAGGAGCUAGACCGGCGUCUAUAUUUGAUAAGAAGAGACAAAACAGGACAGCGUACACUAAAACUGACAAGUCUGGCUACACGAAACCAUUUGGUGCUAAAUAAACAUCCACUGAUUAUCAAAUAUUUGACGCUUUAUAUGUUAUAAUUAUCAUGAAGUACUGCUGAAGUCACCGAGGAAUACUCGUUCUUGGUGGAAAUAGUGGUGUCACUCAGAGAAAAGUUUCGUGAAAAAAUGUUCUUUCAAGUUGCUUUCAAUGUCAUCCAUCCACGGUAGCUCGUAAGAAUUCGGAAACGGUCACUGUCAGUUUUUAUCAUUGUAAGAAUGUCGAAAAGUUUAUAAUCAUUUUUGAUACAUCUGAUAAAAAUAAAAGUAACGAUGUUUGCCGGAUUUUCACGAGAUAAUGAUGGUUGCUGUACCUAAUGUCAAUUUUGUAUCCUUUCAAAUUCUUCUGUGCCAUAUAACGCAACGUUCUUUUUCAACGAAAAUGACUCGGGACAGUGUAACGAUUUCACUAUAAUUUCUGCAAGAAGUCAGUCUUACACUUGGCAGGCAAUGGUACGUCAAUAUAUCGACGCAUGAUAUGUGUAUAUAUACGACAACGUUAAUUCACUGUUCUGAUAUGUAAUACACAGAGAAACGAUCUCUUAAACAUUCUAAGUAACUUUUUAAUGGUAUUCAAACAUUUCUACUGAUGACAACGUACGCUUGUCAAAAUAUAACUCUAGCUAUAUAACUUAAUAAUGUCAUUUUAUUUUGCUUUUAUCUUUCCAUUUGUUUUCAUAACUUAAGUCUUUUUGUAUAUAUCAAUUUCAUAACACAUUGUUAAACUCUGUCGAAUAUGUCAUAAUUGUUUGUUGAAUAAAGUUUUAUUUAUUUGUUCA